AUGGCAAGCAGUGGCUAUGCAGCGCAGGACGAAGAGCCGAUUGUCGGACAGAAGGUCUCGGUGGUAGGCUACACGGCCACGGUGCGCUUCGUGGGCGAGACCCACUUCGCCCCGGGUGAGUGGGUCGGUGUUGAGCUUAAGCCUGCUGUGGGCAAGAACGACGGUACCGUGCAGGACAGAAGGUAUUUUAGCUGCGAGCCCAAUCACGGCCUCUUCGUGCGGAGGAGCGUCGUGCAGCGCAUACCUGGCGGAGAUCCACCAAGCCCUAGCAAAGCCAGAGUUCUCUUUGCAGGCGCUGGCCCCGAGAUUUGCGAGGCACCCGUCGGCGGCGAUGCUGAAGGUGACUCCCAGAGUGAGGACGAUGUAGAUGAGGUGGCCAUGGUGCCCACGCAAACCAUGCGCCGCAAGGGUGUUUCAGCAGAAGCUGGAGGUGAAGAGGACGACUGGGUGCCAACGGUCCACGAGAAAAGCCAGACAGAGAAGCAGCAGCUGAAAGAAGUUAUUGACAACUCUCAUGACAGCAAGCUGCGAAUGAUGUUUGGGAACCUUUCUCCAAAAGGUCUCGAGCGCGUCGUCGAGGCCAUGUUCAAGAAGUCCGUGGGAGAGGGGGAGACGAUCAUCAGGUUUGGUGAUGUCGGAGACAACUUCUACAUCGUCAAGCGUGGCAAGUUCGACAUCUUCGCACAUCGCCGCCUUCAACAGGCUGAAGCCGAGACGGAAAGUUCAGCAGAACUCGUCAAAGUGUUUGAAGCAGGGCCCGGCUUUGCUUUCGGGGAGGCUGCCUUGCUCUACAAUGCUCCACGCUCUGCGACCAUCAGAGCCAGCGAGGACUCUGAAGUGUGGUGCCUCGAGCGAAGAGCCUUCCGGGAACUCGUCAUCAGGGCUUCGGAGCAGAAGUUCAAGGAGUAUUCGGAGUUUUUGAGACGAUGCGACGUUUUCCAAGAGUUGGAUGCGGAACAAAUCGCCACAUUGGCUGAGGUGGUGGACGAGGAGGAUUUCUCUGCAGACGAGGUCAUAAUUCAGCAGGGAGGUCGCGACAGCAACAUGUUCAUCACCUUGAAGGGCCAAGCUGUUGCCUGCAUCUCUGGCGACAAAGGCGAGGUUCAGGUGAAGACCUACAAUAUAGGGGACUUCUUCGGAGAGAUCGCGCUGCUGCUUGGAGAGCCAAGAAAGGCGAGUGUCUACGCCAAAGGACAUGUGACCUGCCUUGUAAUCACAAAGCAAGUGUUCGACAGAGUGCUGGGUCCUCUCAGAGACUUCUUGAAGAAGAAUCUGACAAAGUAUGCCCAGUACCAGGACGCGAUUGAGCAAGGCGGCGAAAUGCGGGACACGCAGCCGAGCGACGAACCCCGAGCAGAGAUGGAGCGCGAGGCCGAGCUUGAAGCACGGCGCAACAACUCAGAGGAAGGGGAAGUCCGCCCUGCGCGAAGACGACUUCUCAGGAAGGCAGAUCGUGCAAACACGGUGUACAACGUGAAAAUCAAGUUGCCCGUGGACCUCGACAUCGACGAGGAUGAGGAGCCCACUUCGACCGAGGCCGAUGCCAAAGCUGAGCUCCCCGCCGAGUCCAAGUCAGAGGAGACUACAGCUCCGGCUCCUGCUCGAGGCGAAGGCAAGAAGCAGACGCUUGCUGAACGUGUUGAAGAGGACUGGAAGAAGCCUCAACUUGUUUCCCCAACGGAAGGCUUCAAAGUGGCGAACAGCAAGUUCACGGCAUUCGGUGGAUUGCGCAGGGGCGAGAAGUUCACGAUGGACAAAGCCGUCAUCGUCAGAAGUCAGGCUCAAGCGCAGAGAGACGGCGAAGAGGACAUCUACCGGUGGUCAGGGCCGAGCUGGCUGAAGGGGCAGAUCCACACCGCGGUGCUUUGUCAAAAGGGCCAGAAGUCGGCUGCGGAUCCCACACCGAAUCAGGACAAUUAUUUCGCGCUACAUGUCGGUAGCAUUGGGCUCUACGGCGUGUGCGACGGGCAUGGCCCGUUCGGACACCUCGUUUCCUUUCGUUUGGUGCAGACCUUGCCGCACUAUAUUACCACCAGCAAGAACUGGGGCGAGGACUGGGACGCCUGCUUGAAGGAGGCUUUCUUGGCAGCCCAGACUGAUCUCCUGAAGCUCGCCGCUUCCGAAGGCAUCAAUGUUGAGGCUUCUGGGGCAGCUGGAACCGUGCUCGUGUUCGAGGGCCCGUGCAUUCACGUAGCUCACAUCGGCGAUGCAGGAUGCCUCGUGGCAUCUUGGAGCCGGCACGACUCGCGGAUCUUGUAUGGCACAGAGGACCACAAGCCAAACAAUCCCGAAGAGCGGCAGCGACUCGAGGGAGCUGGAAGUGAGGUUCGACAGGUGGACGUGGAUAGCUUUCGGAUUUACAUCAAAGGAACUAACUUUCCUGGCUUGACCAUGUCUCGCGCUUUUGGUGACAUUGCGUGUGCUGGCGUGCUGCAAGAACCGCACUACCAGCGCUUGUUCAUCCAGCCGUCGGAUGAGGUAUAUGCCGUGAUCGCCUCUGACGGCAUCUGGGAGUUCAUUGACUACAGCAAGGUCGUGGAUCUCACAUCGAAGAAGCUGCGCCUCAAGGGCCCGAGAGAGGCUGUCCGGUAUUUGGUUGACGCCAGCCGGAAGCGUUGGGCUGCUUACUGUGGCGAUUAUUGUGAUGACAUCACGGCAAUGAUUGUGAAGUGGAACGUCAAUGUCAAGGGCACCGACUCCAACGACAAUCAUGAAUUCACGCUGAUACGGCCGGCGGA